AGACAAUCUCUAUGGUUAGGCAACUAAGCUAUGUCGAGCCUACAAUACCUGCCAAUGAUUUAUUCAGAGACUAUAUCAACAAGCGACAACCCAUCAUAAUCAAGGGUCUGCCCGACGACCCUUCCUUCAAGGCGAGGAAAUGGGCUGAACUUGACUAUCUUGCAUUGAAAGCAGGCGAAGCUGAGGUGCUCGUCGAGCCCAUGCACCCUUCGACGCGCCAGUAUGGUACGGACGUCAAGCGCCAGCCAAUGCGUUUCGGUGACUUUCUGGCCUCGCUGAGCAAGGAGAGUGGGCCGUAUUACUACCUUACGACACAGUACUCUGGCGAGGAGUGGGACCACUUGACGAUGUUCUCGCCGCCGACGGACGCGCUCAGGGGUGACUUCCCCAAUGUGCCGCGGCUCAUGGGGAACCUCUUCGUCCAGCAAGUUAACUUAUGGCUGGGCAAAUCGCAGGAUGGAUCAUCAUCGGGUCUACACCAUGAUUUCCAUGACAAUCUGUACUGCCUUCUGAGAGGGCGCAAGCGGUUUGUGCUCUACCCACCACAGGAGUAUGAGAACCUCUACCCAAACAAACCAGUAGAGAAGGUGCACCCCAACGGCGUGAUCGCUUAUGAAUGGCUGCUUCGUGCGGACGGGCUCGACCAUCGUAUCGCGCUCAAGGCCCGUGUCGAUGCACUUCGACGGCUCCUCGAUGACCCGCCCGCAGAAACCAGCAAAGGGAAGGGCAAGGGCAAAGCGAAAGCGACGUCGCACGCGAUGAAGGAGCAUAAGCGGCUCGAAGAGGAGUUUGAGGAGGCGCGGGAGGAAUUGGUGAAGCUAUCGCUCUCGGAAGAGUAUGGGUUCCCACUGGAUGACGCGGGCGAGGACAGUGAGGAUGAGGAUGAGGAUGAUGAGGGCAACGAUUUCGGUUCGCUUGCCGGCGACUUGGAGGAGGGCCAGGACGACUAUGACGCUCUCAUGGGCGACCUGGAGGCUAUCGGAGACAGAGCUGGCUCGUCUGGUCCAAACGCAAGCGGCGCUCGAGACGCCGAUGAUGAAUCUUUGGCCGAGGAAGAGCCUGCGUCUUUCUCGCGCAUCCCCACCGCACGCCUCCACCAACACCUUUGCCUACCUACGACCGCUGUUGCCCCUGCAGAAAGCACACCUACUGACUUCGCUGAUCUCGCGAAGGCAGGCGAGCCUUUCAUCGUCGAGCUCGCCGCGGGUGAAGCGCUCUAUCUCCCCGCGUCGUGGUGGCACGAGGUCACGUCGUCCUCCGCAAGUGAUGACGGUGAGGCAGACGUGCAUAUGGCUUUCAAUUACUGGUUCUAUCCGCCGGACGGGGGAACAUUUGAAGAGCCAUAUAUGGACAAGCUCGUGUGGAGCCAGCUGCGGGCGCAGACACAGAAGGCGGAUACGCGACCGGAGCAGGAUGACGAGCACAGGAAAGAGGGGAAGCGCAAACAUGAAGAGGAGCAGGACGGGUUGGCGAAGAAGAUUAGGCGGUGAGGUGCGCAAGUGACACAAAAUUCCUUCGUAGAUUCCAUGCCACUGUUUAACUUCCAUCGCUCUGAUCCACAACAUAUGACAUGGGUUCUUGUGUUGCAUAGGUUGUAUCAUAACGAUGCACUUGUGCGGUGUGCAUGGAUGUUUUCGUUCGCGGAGCUUCGCGCUGACAAUGGAUUGUAUUGCAGCGCUCGGGCAAAGC